UUGAACAAUUGUUUUGACCAAUAGCUUAUAAAACUCAUUUGACAAAUUGCCCCAACAAAAUAAUUACAGAAAAUGCAUUUUGGUUAAAAUGUAUCUUUAUUACUUUUGUUAUAGGUGAUUCUUGUCUGAAUGUAUGCUGUUGUGGAUUUAUGGUGUUCAUUUUGUUUACUCUGCAUAUAUCAAAAACUGUUGUCUUAUGCUCAGUGGUGCAGACACACAACCAGCAAACUCCUCCCCCGUGACACACACCUAGCCAAUUGCCCAUGCAAGACACAGUGGCAUUUAACAGUUCUUUUAACCAUGUGCAGUUGAGCCUGUAAUUAUCAUAACUUAUAUGAUUACUUAUCACACUGAGACAUCAACACCUUCUCUAUCUCUCUCUAAAAUUGUGUAAUAUUUAAAGCGACAUUAAAAUUGAUGUCAUUCGACAUGGAAUGGGAAAGACUGAAAAAUGGAUUACUGGCAUAUUUUAAAUAAUAAGACCUGGGGACUGUGAACUGUAUUUAAGUGGUAGAAGACUUGUUUUUACAUAAGUUGAUGGCUUGAUUACGCUCGCGGAUGUCAAGUGUCCCCAGCACUCAAGAGAAGCGCGUAGUCUGCAGAGAGCGCGCGAGUCAGUUCGCGUACAAAGAGAAAAUCCCGAGGAUAUUUUAACAUAACGCUCGUGUUUGUUAUCACUAAAAAGGAACGAAUAACUCUACAGGCGGACUGUCAAGAAGUGUGCGGGGAAAAUGUAUCUGUAAGGCGCUAUCUUUGCCUGUCAGUUGGCGAAAGUGUGGACAGAGGGGCUCGUACAGGAGAUGGCAGCUCCGAUGGCUUCAGGACUUUGGUUUGGACUAGUGCUCACUGUGGCGACUGUAUGGUGUGCAGAGGUGGAGGAACGUUUAGUAAACUAUUUACUCUCCCCUGAACGAUACAACAAGCUGAUCCGUCCGGCAGUCAACAAGAGCCAGCAGGUCACCAUUGCAAUCCAAGUGUCCCUUGCCCAGCUCAUCAGUGUGAAUGAGAGAGAGCAGAUCAUGACCACCAACUGUUGGCUCACUCAGGUAUGGAAUGAUUACCGGUUGAUGUGGGAUCCAGAGGAGUAUGAAGGGAUAAGAAAAGUGCGCCUUCCUUCCCGGCAUAUAUGGCUGCCUGACAUUGUUCUGUACAACAAUGCUGACGGGACAUAUGAAGUGUCUUUCUACUCCAAUGCGGUCGUGUCCAAUAACGGUGAGGUUGCCUGGCUACCACCAGCCAUUUAUAAGAGUGCCUGUAAAAUUGAGGUCCGGGACUUCCCCUUUGACCAGCAAAACUGCACACUCAAGUUCCGCUCAUGGACUUAUGACCACACAGAAAUUGACCUCAUCUUGCUGUCGGACUUUGCCAGCCGAGAUGACUUUAAGCCAAGCGGUGAGUGGGAUAUUGUCUCGUUGCCUGGUCGAAAAAACGAAGACCCUAAUGAUGCCACAUAUUUGGAUAUAACAUAUGAUUUUAUCAUCAGACGCAAACCGCUUUUCUACACCAUUAACUUGAUCAUCCCAUGUGUUCUCAUCACUUCACUGGCCAUCUUAGUUUUUUACCUACCGUCAGACUGUGGGGAGAAGAUGACAUUGUGUAUUUCUGUUCUUCUGGCCUUAACUGUGUUCCUCUUGCUUAUUUCCAAAAUCGUACCACCGACCUCACUCGCUGUGCCCCUCAUUGGAAAGUACUUGAUGUUUACCAUGGUCUUGGUGACUUUUUCAAUUGUUACAAGUGUGUGUGUGCUAAACGUGCACCAUCGUUCCCCAAGCACACACACUAUGCCCAAAUGGGUCAAAUACUACUUUGUGUUCCGUUUGCCUGCUUUCCUAUUCAUGCGACGACCGGGAGAGUCCAACAAAUUCCGCCGGAAGCACCAGCAGUGCUCUUCAUCUGAUCUCCCAGCAAAAAGUGAGGCGGAUGAGACUGAUUCCACCUUCUUUGUCAAUGAAGAUGCCAAGCACAUUGGUUGGAGACCUGGCGAGUUGCAAGAAAACACAGAAUUUCGUAAGCGAAUGGCGGUAAAGUGCUCUGUAGACACGGAGGAGGCUGUGAAGGGGGUCCGAUAUAUCGCUGACAAGUUAAAAAAUGAGGAUGAUGAUGAAGGGAUCAUCGAGGACUGGAAAUAUGUGGCUAUGGUGAUCGACCGUCUGUUUCUGUGGAUCUUUGUUUUAGUGUGUGUUGUAGGAACCGUCGGCCUCUUUAUGCAGCCACUUUUCAAGAGCUAUAAUACACCCGCCACUGAUGAUUUGUAGAUCACAUAAAGUCAGACCAACUUCAACCCAACCCACAUGGCUGUUUAUUUUCAAUGCACAACCUGCUCUUACCACGAACUUGACAUGACAACCUUCUUAUUUCAAUAAAUAUUGUAGCAAAAAAAAACAAAAAACAACAACAACAACAAUGAACUUUAAACCUGAUACAUACAUAAACUUUAAGCUCUGUGCACCAUUCAGUGCACAAUGGCACAAAAUUCUUAAAUGCUGUUGAGUCAGAGCACAAUACUGGACACACACUGAAUAUUUAACUGCCCCUAACACUGACCUGAACUCAAAAACCCUUCAGAGCUGUCAUUCAACCACAACAUUUAGCCCUGGAGGCUUCAACAUUCUCUAACCUCUCGUAGAAAAUGAAGCUACAAAGCCCAAAAAUGGCUCCAAACCUCUACCCCCCAACCCCCACCCCCCACUUGAUUGAUCAAAACUGUGUGUUUUUCUUAUGCAUAUUCAAAUUUUCUGAAAUUUCCAAAUGCUUGUGUGCAGGAUGCAUUCAAAUCUGCAAAAUUCUGUAAAAAACACUUGUUUACAUCAGAGAAACUCAUCAUAGACUUAUAAUGUGUUUAAGGAUUACAGUAUGUACUCAGUAUGUGUCUUUAAAAACAUCAAUCAUAACUCAAUAGCAAUGUGGGUAAAUAUAUUAAUUCAGUUAAUAAGCUGUUUAUUGGAAUAUAGAUCUUAAACCUUAACAUACUGUACGCACAUGUGCAUGCACUGUUAUUUAUUACACAUUUUCACUUUUUUUCCCCGUUACACAGUGAGAUUGGUUUAAACAUUACAUGAGCAGCAUCUUGCAAAAGCAUUUUGAUUGAAAUUUACAGAUUUUUGGACAUGCUCUCGUUGGAAUCAUUGAUGAGUGCUUAAUAU